UAUUUUGUUCUCUGGCGCGUCGCCCACUGUCACUAAGAUCAUCGAGUGCAGCACUUUCGUUUGGACCAGCAGCCUCGCUCACAAGGACGUGGUACACAUUGCGCCCAGUGAUUAUCACACGGCAUUUCUAACAGGUGAGAAUGAGUGAUUCGGGCGAUCCUCCUUUUUUUUUUGUUUCUUUGUUUCUAGACGAAGGGGAACUCUACACAACUGGCUCGAACGAUUCCGGACGGCUUGGAACGAAAUCUUCCGGGUGUGAAUUCUCUCCUGUGAGAGGUUCAACGCUAGAUACUUCACUUGUUUCUCACGGUCACACUGUCGCUGUGACUGACACUGGCUCGCUAGUUUCCUGGGGAUGUGGAGAGUUUGGCCAGCUCCAUGCGGCUGGCGUUUUUAACAGCCCGCUGCCUCGCUUCAUCUCGCGAACUCCUGUUUGUCCGUGUUGCUUGUGGUUCUGGCCGAACACUCGCUCUCACAGGCAGCGGGGACGUUUACUCAUUCGGACAAGGCAUGUUUGGUGCUCUCGGUCACGGAGCCACGGAAAGCUUCGGCGCGCCGGUUAUUGUUGACAGCCUUUGGGGCUUGGGAAUCGUCCAGUUGAGGGUCAGCUGGGGACGAGGAAAGUAUGGGCAGAUUGGCUGUGGAAGCGUUGAGAAGCAUUUGCAGCCGGUGCCCGUCACGGCUCUCAGUGAUCGCCUGCUCACUCAGGUUCUCUGUGGUGCGGACUAUACCAUGGCCAUUGAUUCAGAUGGCCAGCGUUUUUCAUUGGGGCAUGGUCACUGGGGUCAGACACUCAAGAUAACAUCCUUGUUUCAAAGCUGGUUUGCGCGCUUGAAAAUGACAAUAUUGUCCAGGCAAGUGCGGGAGCUCGUCAUGCUGUAGCCUUAACAUCAUAAGGUGACGUUUAUGCGUGGGGUGACAAUGAGCAAUGAGCAAGGACAAGUUUUGCCUGGAGGGAGGUGACUAAAAGAACUCAGCAAUGCCUAUGGUCAUUUGAACCAUAUUUCCCUUUCAGUUUGAUCGUGUUGCUCACACCAUUGUUACUAAACUUGUCGCAAAUAAGUUCCAACAGCCGGAGAGCA